AUGUCGGACUCAGGUUCGGCGAUGGGAGCUCCUGUGGCAUGUGCUAUGGGCGAUGACGGCGGCCGAGGUGAUGUGCCGAAUGACGGCGAAUACUGCGACAUUGGCCCGAGUCUAAUGCGGGCCCAAUUUUGGCCCCUGUCCAAGGUUCGCUGGCAGAAUAAGCAAUUCUCAUCAUUUUUAGAACCAACAUUCCGAAGGGUAGCGAGAAAAAAGAAUUUUGGAAAAUUACUUUUUCUACGGAAGCUUGGAUGGUCAUGUUCAAUUGUAAGCUAA